AUGUUCUCCUCCCUACCUUCGUGGCUAGAUUGGUAUCGCAAACCGUCCUACCGGGACCCAGUCGUCUUCUCGGCGUCCAUCAGGGCAGAUCUCGAAAAUGGCCUCACUUCUAGACCGGGUUCCAUCAGCUCCCAAUCCGACUCCGCCAUACCUUCCAACUUGACAUUGGAUCGUGUUCUCAACAACGAUACAUGCAGUCCGUUGUCACUCUACGAUUUCUACAUGUACCUGAAGCAUAUUGAACUCUCGCCGGAGAAUUUAGAAUUUUAUAUCUGGUUCAAAGACUACGAAGCACGUUACAACGCGAGUUCUCAAAGUACCUCCCCGACACAAGAGACACCUUUACUCGUUUCUUCCAAAGAUGAGAAAUCUUCUGGCGGCGGCGGCGGUGCUGGAGGACCAUAUGUCCCCGAGGGGUUUGGAACUACAUCGCCGCCACCUGGAGGUGAAAACGACCUGACAACGACGACCACUCGGCUCCCAGAUCUAGCAUUCCAAACCUACAUCCAAGACCUGGUGACGUCUCAAGAGUCCAAACGCUGCCGGCCCUUUUGGGACCGCAACAAUUCCGACAAGACGCUCGUCCAUCAUUCCGGGUCCGGUUACAGUCGGCGCGAGGAACUCUCUCACAUUGUCUCUCGGUACCUCACCCCGGACUCCCCUCGGGAACUCAACAUCCCACCUGCGAUGCGGAAACAGGUCGUGUCCUCGAUCUCCCGGGGGGACUUUUCCCCCGACCCCCUCCGACCCGUCGCCGACCACGUCUACUACCUCCUCCGCAACUGUUCCCACCGCAACUUUAUCCGGCUGGGCGUCAAGAACGGCACCUUUGAGACCCUGUGCAUGGUCACCAUCGUCGGGGUCCUCUUCACGGGCUUGGGUCUGUUGACCAUGCUGCUCGUGGCCUUUGCGUCCCCCUCCAUCCACCACUCCUCGCGGUGGCGGGGGUUGGCCUCCGCCCCGUUUUGGAUCAUCGGGUUUUCGUUCCUCUUCGCGGGCUGGAGGGGUUCGUGUUUCUUGUUGCUGCUGUUCUCCCGCCGGCAGGAGUUGCCCUGGGAACGCCAGUCCGACGACGGCAGCGUCAGGACGUCGACCAGUUCCCGUUGGAGCCUGGUCAAGUUUGCGAAGAAGAUGAUGAUCUUUGAACGGAAGAUCCGGGUCAAGGACCGUGGCCUGAGAGACCUACAGAGAAAAAUCGUCAUCCAAUCCGUCGUCGCCUCGGUCGUCGCCACGGCCGUCCUCGAGGUCGUCUUCCUCGUCUUGCCCAUUUGGAAAUGAAUGACCACUUCGCCGUCCGAGUACAACUACUGAUGGACGACGACCUCAACGGUCCCGAUCAACAACAGCAACGAAUCGUACGCGGAACCAUGACAAGACAGAGAGAGAAGAAUUCUUUCAAAACAUGACCAGAAGCAGUGAUACCAUUGUAACAAC